UCAUGUGUCUGCUCCGAGCGCUCGCUCUUUACAGCACGUUGUCUGCGCGGCCUCGACUUCCUUUUCUGUGCAGGUUUCAUGGCGAGUGAUAGCGGGGAAGAGUUGAUUCAGCUCCCGUGACCACACCGAGCCUCCAGAGACGCUUUCUCCCGCUGCCAUUAUUAAGACCGUGACGUCAGCGGAGUAGUUGGUUGGCUUUGACGUCAUCAGGUGUUUUUAAGGAUUUGGGUGUUUUCGGGACUGAACUGUGUGCUGUGCCCCAUCUUUCGUUGUGUCGUGGCCGUAGCUGGUCUUGCUGAAGAACUGCCAGUCGAUGGCUCUGAUGGACAAACACAAAGUGAAGCGGCAGAGACUGGACCGCAUCUGUGAAGGCAUUCGACCACCCAUCCUCAAUGGCCCCAUGCACCCUCGUCCUCUGGUGGCGCUGCUGGAUGGCCGGGACUGUACGGUGGAGAUGCCCAUCCUGAAGGACGUGGCCACCGUGGCCUUCUGUGACGCCCAGUCCACCCAGGAGAUCCACGAGAAGGUCUUAAAUGAGGCUGUUGCAGCUUUGCUCUACCACACCAUCACGCUCUCGCGAGACGACCUGGACAAGUUCAAAGGUCUUCGGGUCAUUGUGAGGAUUGGCAGUGGAUUUGACAAUGUGGAUAUUAAAGCUGCAGCAGAGCUGGGAAUAGCAGUGUGUAAUGUGCCAGCCGCGUCUGUGGAGGAGACGGCAGACACCGCCAUGUGUCUAAUUCUGAAUCUGUACCGCCGCGUCACCUGGAUGCAUCAGGCUCUGCGCGAGGGCACACGUGCCUCCAGCGUGGAGCAGAUCCGGGAGGUGGCCGGAGGCGCAGCACGUAUUCGAGGGGAAACAUUGGGCAUCAUUGGACUGGGGCGUAUUGGCCAAGCAGUUGCUCUGAGGGCGAAGGCCUUUGGGUAUGGAGUGAUCUUCUAUGACCCGUACCUGCCGGACGGGGUGGAGCGGUCACUAGGACUCCAGCGCAUGGCCACACUACAGGACCUGCUCAUCCACUCGGACUGUGUGUCGCUACACUGCAGCCUCAACGAGCACAACCACCACCUCAUCAACGACUUCACCAUCAAACAGAUGCGUCAGGGUGCCUUCCUGGUGAACACGGCGCGUGGAGGUCUGGUGGAUGAGAAGGCCCUGGCCCAGGCUCUGAAAGAGGGCAGAAUACGGGGAGCAGCCCUGGACGUCCAUGAGACCGAGCCCUUCAGUUUCUCUCAGGGCCCACUGAAGGACGCCCCAAAUCUUAUCUGUACCCCACACACAUCCUGGUACAGUGAACAGGCCUCCAUUGAGGCCAGAGAGGAGGCGGCGCGGGAGGUGCGCAGAGCCAUCACAGGUCGUAUCCCAGACACUCUGAAGAACUGCGUGAAUAAGGAGUAUUUGAUGGCAGCCUCUCAGUGGCCGUCUAUGGAGGCCACCACUGUUCACUCUGAACUCAACGGAGCUGCAGCCUAUAGGUUCCCACCAGGGCUGAUUGGUGUAGCAGCGGGCGGGCUGCCUGGAGCCGGGGCAGGAGUGGAGGGCAUUGUGGCUGGAUCUCUGCCUCUGGCCCACAGCAUCGCCCCGGUCUCACACCCACCUCAUACCCCGUCGCCCGGGCAGCCCUCCAAAGCCGAGGCGGACAGAGACAUCCCUUCUGACCAAUAGCAUCCCAGCACAUUCCAUCUUUGCCCUGAUCGAUGCCCUUUCACCUCACCCGGGGGGACUGACGCCCCUGCUUUCGAUGUGACCUUGGGUCACCCCAGUCCAACAGAACAUGUGUACAAACACAGGAGUGAAACCCUGUACCCCGAACGUACCCCUCAUUUCCACUCGCUGUCUCCUCUGUUGAUCACUUUGGCAGAAAGCAAUAACUUCUCUCAAGGAUUCAAUAAUUGGGUUGAUACACACUAUUUCUAAGCUACGAAAUCCCAGCUCCUUUGCUUUGUAUCUACUCUGGACUAGUUGGAGUUUGUUUCUGAGUAGUGUUUCUUACAUUUCUGUUCUUUUCUUAUCUGUUUUAACAGCUUGGAAAUAAACGCAUGGACCUUGUUUUCUUUCCUUCGUCCGCUGCCCAUCCUCCUCCUAGCGUACAUUUUCUAAAACCUUCUCAACCUGUCCCAUCUUAGCAAUCGUUUGAUCGAAACAAAGCAUCAGCUGACUAACGUCUUUAAAUUCAGCAGCAAUUAUUUCACAGCUGGUAUUCAGUAACGGAGGUCAAGGCUAAAGGCUGUGUCCCGUGGCUAAGAGUAACAGUCCAUGGGAAGAGCUCAGAUGUUUCACGUUCCUCUCACUCUCUCUUCAUGUGGAAGGCAUCUUCUAGAUUUGUCCAUCCUCUCUCUCUCUUUAUUUUUGCAGAAAACAAGAGCUUCACCCCCAGAGCUGUUGGGGGUUCUAUCAUGUGCUCCACUUUAAGUCACAAGAUUUACAGCAUCCGUAAUGCCUAAGGUCUGCAUAACAGUGUCAUUGAGAAACGCAUACGUGAGAUUCCAUCGUCUCGUGAUGGCCGACUUGAUUUUAUUUCGUGCGCUGCUUGUGAAUGAUGACUAUGAUGGGAGAUCCAGCUUCAUUAAUGCAAAUUUCAAACAAAGCCAUAUUCCUAGUGUAUAGCAUCUCUAACUUAAACAUAUCUGCAAGAUUUGACACCCUAAACCUAACCCUCAAAAAACAUUGACCUCCGCUUGACUCAUACUGAGAUCCACCAUAGCUAAGCUGAUAACAUUGGCACCUUUUUUUUUUUUUUUUUUUUUUUUAACGUAGCCAUUUGAAGAAUGUUUGCCUUGGCUUUUCAAAUAUUCUUUCUGUCCUGGAUUAUCUCUUGUACUUCCUCCUUGUGCCUCCUUUUUCCGAUUAGGCCUUCUCUUUGUGACACGGCUUGUCCUCCAUCAGUUCCCAUGAAAUCACUGUGUAGUGCAUCCGCCCGUCUGCCCUGCCCUUCCUCCUUCCCACAAGGCACUUAAACUCUUAACACACACUCACAAACACAUUUUCAUACAGACCUGACAAACUGAGCUCCAUCCACCUUUUUAUGAGGAAGUCCUGGUGCUCCGGAGGCUGCUGUAGCGUUGAAGGCCAGCAGAUGGCGACGACUCUCUUCCCCUUCAGGGUCUUAUUGAUAAAUUCAUCCACACUCAGCCGACCGAAGGUUUAGCAGAAAAUCAUACAGACCUGUUGUGGGCUGCACCAUCUGUCGACACACUUCCCUAUACUCUGGAUGGGUGAUGUGGCGAAUUAAAGCAGUUCAUAUACCCUGAGCUUGACACUUUCAUGGGCGUCUUCUAUGAUAUCAGCCUUCGUUUUCUCUGCAUUUUCACCAUUUACAGCACAGAAGAUACGGUGGAAAGAAUGUAAAAGCUAGGUCACUGGAACGCUGGUUGCUUUCCAAGGAAGGUAGGAGAGUGUCUCGGGAUAGUGUCUGAAGAGAAAGGCCUUUCUAGUACCUCAGUAACAGAUAUUGAAUGUAUGCUCAAAACUUUCUCGCUUUGUACAGCUUUUUUAGAUCAUAGGUUCCUAUUUCUGAGGGGGUGUGAAUGCGUCUGCAUGUAUGUGGCCGUGUGUGACCGCUUAUUCAGUUAUUCGCAAAUGACAAAAUUAAGCGCUUUUGUUUUUUUUCUCCUCCAUGCAUUGGAUAUCUAUUACAUUGUUUCAUUAGGCAUUGUUUGAAUCUCAGGCUUUAGCUUUAGGAAGUUCUUGAUCUGUGAUCUUUGUAAUUUUCUGUAUAAAGGAGCACCGUUUCACGUCUUCGUCGAGAUUAGGUUUGAAUCUAUGUGAUUGAGGAUGCGUUCUUGAUGGCAGAUGUUGUCCGUGUCCUCGAUCCUCAUGGAUUCGUGCAUAACGAGAUGCUCGUACCUAUCAGGCCCCUCCCCCUCGAUUCCCAUUGGCCCGGUUGUGAUGUUGAAUUUUGAUUGACGUGCAGCUUUUCCUAGACUGAAGUGAUGCCCUUUUAUUCUAGCUGCUCUGUAAAGAUUCUCCGUACUACAGCGUUUUUUAAUUUUUCGAGUUACUUCUAGCAUUAUCGUGGUGUUUCUUUGCCGUCUGCAUCAUCCAGCUUUGAUAUGAGAUGUGCACUGUUAAAAAAAAAAAACAAGAAAUGAGACGUUUCGAUCUAGAUAGUGUCAUUCAGUGUUCAACAUGUUGUAUUGAAACAUUUCAAGAUGAGUCUCAUUUCAUCCUUUCACCUCCAGCACCCCCCGUGGUACCCUCGCUGCCUUAAUAUCAUAGACCCCCCUCCCCCCAUUCUCCUCUUUCCUCCCGCAAACACACAUGCAAGAGAGAGGAGGCUGUUUUCUUUAGCCAUAUGUUGCUCCGUGUGCUUGAUGCAUAUUUCUGGAGAACACAAAUGGCUUUCACUUUGAGGUGUGAAAUGCUCAGGCACUAUGAAAGACCCUUUCAGGAGCCGCCGAUGUGGUUAGAUCUAGUGCUGGAGAGCACCGAUAUGGACUCGCAGCAGUUGGUUUCUCUCUCAGGGCACUAACACACACACACACACACCCUACAGCCGCCAGUUACACUCUUCCUCCAUCCCAAUGAAGAUCAUGUUGUAUGUCUCCAGAGCUCUCCUACACAGUCCGUCUUUCAACAGUGAUAUUUUUUCCUUUCUAUCACUCUUUUCUCCUUACUUUUUGCGUGUUUGUCGCACUGACUCCUAACAACAGAAGAAUGAAUGUUUUAAUAGAACUGCGUGUAACGUUGAAGUUGGGAAAUGUAUUUUUACAACAUGUGAACUUUUUAUUCCUUUCUCUUACCUUCGUUUUGUUGUGAAUUGAUUUUAUUUUCUCCCCAUCACCAGACUGCAAAAAACAACAACAAAAAAACAACAAAAAAUCCUGUAACUAGGCUCUUAAGCUUUACUUUUGUUUUUGUUUACUUUUUUAUUAGAAAACAAUCAUGUUUGUGAUGGUAACCUCUGAUGGUAAAUUCCACAAUGUAUUUUAAUAAAAUCCUAAAGAUUAAA